AUGGCAGCUCCCAGGAUCACCAAAAGCACCGGGCUCGCAUCUCUCGCUUGCACCGGCUGCAGGAAGCAACAUCUCAAAUGCGAUGGCAAGAAGCCGACGUGCUCGCGAUGCGUCCAGAAUGGUACACCGUGCAGCUAUCAGCCUUCGCGACGCGGGGGACGCAGGAAGCCCAGGGAUCUUAGCGCUGGGAGAGGACUUCAACAGCUUCGACCUUCGAUUGGACCGGAUGAUGAGAGUAUCAGCGCUUCUUCUCCGACCGCACCAGAAGUUCCCCGUUCAGAACCUGAGCGGUUCAUUCGGAUGUACUACGAAAACUUCCACAAUGCACAUCCAAUCCUGGUCCCGGCAUCCAUGUAUACCUCGCGGGCGUAUCCGACCUACUUACAACUCGUGGUCGACUUUGCUGGAUCUCACUAUGUCCAACUAAGUCCAUCUGAGCAGCUCAAGACAAAAGUUGCUACCGAGCUUUCUUCCAACACGGACAAGUCGGCUUGUAUGGUUCAAGCAUGGUUGAUCUACGCGAUCGUGUUAUUCUCGCGGGGCGAUCUUACCGAAGCACAAGACGCCUUUUCACACUGCACGACUAUUGCCUUUGAUAUCGGAUUACAUCGCGCCGAUUACGCGUCAUCACAGCACCCUGAGAGAUCCAUCGAAGCCGAGAGUCUACGGAGGACGUGGUGGGAGCUCUUCAUCACUGAUGUCAUCAUGGCACUACCGCAAAAGACCAUCUCGUUUCGUUGCAGUGCUGUCUGCCCGGAAGUGCCUUUGCCAUGUGAAGAGUCGCUUUACACGGGGACACAUGACAUUCCCGAACCGCGCAAGAUUCUCGACUUCAAACGCCGGGUCCUCUUUGAGGAGGAUAUCAUCUUUUCGUCUUUCAGUUAUCGGAUCGAAGCCAUCAGCAUCUUAGGACGAGUCCUGGUGCUAAACCGGUUACGGGAUUAUCAUCGUGAUCAUCUGCAAGCAGUCGAGAAUGCGCUUGUCAGUUGGUCAAAUCACCUCCCCACUAAGAAGCUGGAUAUCGUGGACUCGUACGGAAACAUUGAUGAGAUCAUGUUCCAGGCACACGCCAUGAUUGCGUAUGCUGGCAUGUUGCUCCAUCUUCCACGCAGCAGUUACCACCCUCAUCUAUGCAGCAACGAGGACCCAUUCUGGCCGAUGGCACAAGCCCAGUCGUUGUCCAGCUCGACCCGUUUGGUCCACAGCAUCAAAGCAACCGAAGCUUCGAGGCGAAUAUCGGAUUACAUCUCGCUUUGUCCUAACAUCCAGAAACACACUCCUUGCAUCAUUCCGGCGCUUGUUCUUUGCGGAUUGAUACAGCUGGCUACUUCAAACAGUCACUCUGAUGAGUGCUUCGAUCACCAUUACAACCGGAUCACGCUGAUCCUUGGAUGUUUGAAGAACCUGAAAAGAACCUGGAACUUGGCAGAUUCUGCCUACCACCGUGUCCGAUCAUGCGCCGCAACUCUCAUUUCAGAAUCAAUGGACAGGUGGAACUCCGAGCCGUUGUCAAAAUCCAUCGCCUUGACCACGUCCACGCCCAGUGAGUCUGGACAGGCGAGUAAUAGACCUGUGGACUCGACGGUAGUGGAAGGGGCACAAGAAACGACCAUACCAGAUCUUGAUCCGAGUUUCAUCGAUCGGUUAUGCUAUAGUUCUUCACUGUUUAGCUCGCUUCCUGAUUUCGACCUCAGCUAA